AUGCUUGAGCCUGAGACCGACCCUCAGCCAGCCACGCUAAUCGGUAUCCGCGUGCCUCCGGCGGCCAUCAGCGCGUACAUGACUGCGCAUCAUCAAGCGAGCAACAGCGCGCGCCUAUUUCUUCAUCACCUUGAUCGCGCGCUCGAUGGCGGACGCACACCGCUGGCACUCGUAUACAUUUCUGGCGAUGAGGAUGUUGUAGAUGUUGAGGAGAUAGAUGCCGAGGGAGACGAUGCCGAGGACGCGGUGGAUGAGGAGGCCUUGGGGACGAAACCGGACCAGGUCAACGCGGCGAACCCUGCGCAGGCGACUACACAGAAGAUCGAGUCUGCCCAGGCUUCAAGUUCAAGCACAGGCGAAGAUCCUCCAGCCUACAUCUGCUUCUUCGUGGAUACGCGCUCGGCGCCUACGAGUGCCGCGAAGCUGUCAAACGUGCCCGUGCCGCCGGCUUUCGCGCGCGUACAAGAGCUUCUCGGCGUGAAGACUGAUGCCGAAGCUUCGGGUGCGGAGGGCGGUGUUGAGCGCCUAUUCGUCCCUCGUGCCCGAGUGUACGCAUACGACGUCGCUGGGAUCUUGGUGGACCAUCUACCCCCGGACGCGUGA